UGUCUGCAACGCCUGCGCACAUGAGCACUGUCAAACAGCACCAUCAACAGACUGAGGAACAGGCAGCCAGAGGAGAGGCACACGCUGGCGUUUUGUUUACCUCCAAAAGAACAAGAUACAAUUAUCUCAACAUGUCGGGAUUUGACGAGAACCCCUUUGUAGAUGCAGUGGAUGUCAAUCCUUUCCAGGAUGCCUCAGUCACACAAAUCACCAGCGGUGGGAUUGAAACCGUUGAGGAAUUCAACCCAUUCUCAGCCAGUGCUAUGAGCACCCACACUGGGACCACCAUCCCUAUCUCUACUGCCUCCUCCCAACCAGCUGUCCUACAGGCUUCUGCUGUGGAGCCCACCCCACAAGCGACUGCGGCUGCUGCCCAGGCUAACCUGCUCAGGCAACAGGAGGAGCUGGAGAAGAAAGCUGCUGAACUGGAUCGGAAAGAGCAGGAGCUCCAGAACAGGCCUGGAGGCCACAUUACGAAAGAAAACAACUGGCCGCCACUUCCCAAGUUUUCCCCCAUAAAGCCUUGUUUCUACCAGGACUUCAAUGAAGACAUCCCUGAAGAGUACCAGAAGAUAUGCAAGAGGAUGUACUACCUUUGGAUGUUUCACAGUAUCACACUCUUCCUGAACCUUCUGGCCUGCCUGGCCUACUUCACGGCCGAUCCAAACGCGGGGGUGGACUUUGGUCUGUCCAUCCUCUGGUUCAUCCUCUUCACCCCCGUCUCUUUCGUCUGUUGGUACAGGCCAGUGUACAAAGCCUUCAGGUCGGACAGUUCCUUCAGCUUCUUCUUCUUCUUCUUUGUUUUCUUCUUCCAAGUGUCUGUCUACAUCAUCCAGUGUGUGGGGAUCCCCAAGUGGGGGAACAGUGGAUGGAUUUCGUCCAUCACCAUGAUAAGAAGCAACAUGGUUGUAGCUGUGGUCAUGAUGGUUGUGGCCGGCUGCUUCACUGUGAACGCUGUCCUCGCCAUCAUCCUACUCAAAAUGGUCCACUCCAAGUAUCGUCGGACGGGGGCCAACUUCGCCAAGGCCCAGCAGGAGUUCUCUUCGGGGGUCCUCACUAACCAGACCUUUCAGAGCGCCGCAGCCAGCGCCGCCUCCUCAGCUGCCCAGGGGGCCUUCCAAGGACGCUAGCGAUCCUAAAGCCAGGUUCCUCCUAACCUUCCUAGUCACCUCUCACUCACUCCAAGCUCUGUUUUGUCCCAUGGCCUCAGUGUCUCUGCAGAGGCAACAGAAAUGGCUGACAGGACAGAAACUAGACUGGUAUACAGCAGUAAAUUGUAAUGUUCCUGUAUCAUGGACAUUCUCUAACCACAGCCAUUGAUACAUAAACCCAAUUCAACCUCUAGCCCCGUGUAUUCAAUGUGAUGGAAACUCUGCUGAGCUGAUCAGAGGGUAUAAAUGGAGCUAUUACCAUGUUGAUUGGACUUAUCCAAGUGUCUGGGGGGUUGGUUUGGGAUUGGGGUGUCUAGCUGGUAGGGGGGUUGGUUUGGGAUUGGGGUGUCUAGCUGGU